AGUUCCCGGCGGAGCGCGGCCCCAGCGCGGCUCGGCUCCGCUGUGCUCCCGCGGGGCCCGCUGCCCCCGCGCCCGGCCAUGGCGCGCUGAGCGCCGCGGAGCCGCCAGCCCGGGGCCGGCCGGGGCAGCCGGCAGGACGGAGCCGGCAGGACGGAGCGGGCCCGGCGGGCGGGACGGCGCUCGGCCUGCGCCGGGCGGGCGCGGCGGGCGGCGGCGGCGGUGGGCGGAGGCGCCAUGGAGCCGGCGGAGGUGAAGGACCGCAUCCUGGAGAACAUCUCCCUCUCCGUCAAGAAGCUGCAGAGCUACUUUGCUGCCUGUGAAGAUGAGACACCGGCCAUCAGAAACCAUGACAAGGUCCUGCAGAGGCUCUGUGAACACCUGGACCACGCUCUGCUGUACGGACUGCAAGAUCUUUCCUCGGGGUACUGGGUGCUGGUGGUUCACUUCACACGCCGGGAAGCCAUCAAACAGAUUGAAGUGCUGCAGCACGUGGCCACCAACCUGGGACGCAGCCGGGCCUGGCUAUACCUUGCCCUCAACGAAAAUUCCUUGGAGAGCUACUUGAGGCUGUUCCAGGAGAACCUCAGCCUGCUGCACAAGUACUAUGUCAAGAACGCCCUGGUCUGCAGUCACGACCAUCUGACCUUGUUCUUAACACUGGUGUCUGGACUGGAAUUCAUCCGCUUUGAUUUGGACCUGGAUGCUCCAUACCUGGAUCUGGCCCCGUACAUGCCGGAUUACUACAAGCCUCAGCACCUGCUGGACUUCGAGGAGCGCCUGCCCAGCUCCGUGCACGGCUCCGACAGCCUCUCCCUCAACUCCUUCAACUCUGUCACCUCCACCAACCUGGAAUGGGACGACAGUGCCAUUGCUCCAUCCAGUGAGGAUUAUGAUUUUGGAGAUGUCUUUCCAGCAAUGCAGACCAUGCCCAGUAGAGACUGGGAAGACGGGGACCUGACGGACACGCUCAGCUGCCCGCGCUCUGCCGCCUCGGAGGCCAACGGCGGCAGGGCCGCGGCUCGGAGCCCCACGCAGCGCCACAACCCCUUCAACGAGGACAGGGCCGAGGUGCCAUCCUCUGCCGACACCACGCCGGUGCACGCGGCUUCCCGGGACAAGGCAGAGGCCACCCCCGAGGGAACAGACCAGUCCGAGAGCUGCACAGAGCUGGAGGUCAUCAGGUUAGCCAAGAAGAAGAAGACAGGCAAGAAGAAGAAAGUGAAGCCUGAGGAGGCCGUGAACAACCCAGCACCUGCAGCGCCCGAGACCAGCGGGGACAGCGGCAUCAACGGGCUCAGCGACAGGGAGGAGCCCCCGAGGGACGGGGAGGGGGACAGGGAGGAGCUGCCAAGGGCCGGGGGUCCCGCUGCCCCGGGCGGGCCGGAGGAGGGUGGGGAGCGCGCUGCCCUUGGCCCGCUGGCCCUGCGCAUCCCCGAGAUGAAGGACACAUCCAUGGAGAGCGUGGGGCAGCCCCUGAGCAAGGUCAUGGACAGGCUCAACGGGCAGCUGGACCCCGGGGGCUGGAACGCCGCCCUGGAGCCCCCCGGGCAGCCCUUUCGGACCGGCACGCCAGGGGAGACCCCAGAUGGAUCGUCCUCUGGCGACUUCAGCGAGGGGAUUUCAGCCCCCAUGGACUUCUACCGAUUUACCGUCGAGAGUCCAAACACUGCUGCACCAGGUGGUGGCCACCAUGACCCUCCAGGGCCUGGCCAACCGCCACAUGUUUCUAGUAGCCCUGAGGCUCCUGAAGAAGAAGAAAGCAAAGAGGGAGAAGCAGUUGGGGCAGUAGAGGAGUCUGAAAGAGCGAGUGAUGAUCCUCAACCUAGCCAGACAGAAACCACCAACCCGCAGGCUCUCUGUGAGCCCAAGAAGGAGCAGCCCAGCCCUUCCCUGAGCAGCGCUGAGGACUCUGGGGUGGAGGAAGGGCAGGGCAGCCCCUCGGAGCUGACACAUCCCUCCGAGUUCAGGGUGGAUAACAACCAUCUCCUCCUGCUGAUGAUCCACGUCUUUCGGGAGAACGAGGAGCAGUUGUUCAGGAUGAUCCGAAUGAGCACGGGGCACAUGGAAGGGAACCUGCAGCUGAUCUACGUCCUGCUGACAGAUUGCUAUGUGUACCUGAUCCGGAAAGGGGCAGCGGAGAAGCCGUACAUGGUGGAGGAGGCCGUGUCCUACAACGAGCUGGAUUACAUCUCGGUUGGGCUGGAUCAGCAGACAGUGACCCUGGUGUGCACCAACCGGAGGAAGCAGUUCCUGCUCGACACUGCCGACGUGGCUCUCACUGAGUUCUUCCUGGUCUCCUUGAAGUCAGCCAUGAUCAAAGGGUGCCGGGAGCCCCCUUAUCCCAGUAUCCUCACGGAUGCCACCAUGGAGAAACUGGCACUUGCCAAGUUUGUGGCACAGGAGUCCAAGUGUGAGGCCUGCAACGUGGUUGUGCGUUUCUACGGCCUCGUUCACUGGGAGGAUCCCAUGGAUGAGGCGCUGGGACCUGCCAGCAGCAGCUGCUCCUCUGCAGAGCCCGCCAUCACCAAGGACGGCGUCCUGCACUACAAGGCAGGCACCUCCUACCUGGGCAAGGAGCAGUGGAAGCCCUGCUUCGUGGUGCUCAGCAAUGGGAUCUUGUACCAGUACCCAGAUCGCACGGACGUCACCCCUCUGCUCUCCAUCAACAUGGGCGGCGAGCAGUGCGGGGGAUGCCGGCGCUCCAACACCACCGACCGGCCCCACUCCUUCCAGGUGAUCCUGACGGACCGGCCCUCCCUGGAGCUGAGCGCCGACAACGAGGAGGACAUGGCAGACUGGAUGCAGUACUUCUGCCAGGCUGUCUCCAAAGGGGUGAUCCCCCAGGGCGUUGCCCCGACGCCGUGCGUUCCCUGCUGCCUGGUGCUGACGGACGAGAAGGCUUUCACGUGCCACGAGGACUGCCAGACCAGCUUCUUCCGCUCGCUGGGCACCGCGGAGCUGACCGACGUCACCGCCGUCUCCACGGAGGCUGGCAAGGAGUAUUGCAUCCUGGAGUUUGCUCAGGACAGCAAGGAGUUCCUGCCCCCAUGGGUCCUGUAUUUUAGUUGCACUACGGAACUGGAGAGGUUUCUGUCAGCACUGAAUGUCGCGUGGAGGAACAUCUACCAGGUCGAUCUCCAGCACAAGGCCAUUCUGGAUGCUGCUGUGAAGAAGAAAUGCGAGGAUGCCCAGAGCCUCAUCGACAGCGCCUGGCAGCGCAGUGACAGCCUCUGCCGGGGACGGGCCGAGCGGGACCCCUGGUGUUAACCCUGCCCAGGGGAGGACAGCUCACGGGGGCCCAUUUUUGGGGAUCAGGGCCUGUAUUGGGCUAACUGGCACCCCAAACCCUCCUGCCAUCGCUUGGUCCCCACCAGGGCCAUGCCUGCAGCGUGGACCCCGCGCUCUCCACCGAGCCAGGGACAUCCAGAAUGGUUUGGGGAGCAGCCAGACGCUUCACCACCUGCACCUUCCUCCUUGUCCAGCUGCCACGAGGCAAAUAAUUUGCCUUUCACAGAAUAAUGUCCCAGUAGUAGUGAGGGAGAGGGUGGGAGCAGAGUGAGCUGGGACGAGCAUCGCCGUUCUGGUGGGGAGCAGGACUGAGGACUUGUUCAUUCUCGAACAGGGUCGGGACGAGGUGGGAACACUCGAUCGCCACCGUGCAUGUUUUGUUGCUCAUACAAUCACCGCUGUGUUGGGAGGAGGAGUCAGCACCUCCCCACCUCCUGGAGAGUUCACCUGGAGCAUCCGGACACCACUGAGCCACUCUCAGCCUGUCCAGGAGAUAAGAGGUUAAGGAAGAAGGAACAGGGCCAAAUAUUUGGCUUAAAAAUGGUUUUAGGACAUCUCAGCGGCCGGUUUGUGGUUUGAAUGCUGACCCUGUGCACUGGGGAGAAGAGAUGGAGUCCCACGUUCUUCAGGUGUCCUGAGGGACAUUGUCACAUUGGUGGCUACCACCAAACACGUCCCCAUCUCCUCAGCUCACUGCAUCCGAGGCCAGUGAGGACCCAUCGCCACUUGGGCUCCACAACGAGCACUUUGGGGCACAGCCCCAGCUUUUAAAUAAUAUUAAUAACAAUAAUAAUAACCUGGAGACCUUCUCAUGUAAUAUAAGUUCACGGGGCCUUUUUGUGGGAGGAAACUUACGUGACUGAAUGUAUAUGUACAUACAUCUGCUUCCUUUUCCCCCUCCCCAAAUAAAUAGACCUUGGUAACUCAG